CUGAUGUUCGCCGAAUUCCGCUCCAAGGGCGGCCCCUUGCCGGACGCCGGAGCGGGACAUGAUCGAGGGCUGGCCAUGAGCUGCGGCGAGAGCAAGGAGGUGGAAGCCGCAGCGGCCCACUUCAGCUUCUGCCAGAACCUGCUGGAGCACACCGUCUCCGCCGAGAACCUCAACUACCGCCUGCAGAGGAAUUCGGGCAGCAGCCUGACGUGGCACGAUGGGAGAAGCCAGAGGUCUGCCGGAGGCAGAACUGUGAAGCUGCUUCAGCAGCCCGGAACGGAGGGCUCCCAGGGCCGGACCUACGACCAUUACGGCAUCUACCACACCAGCCCAACUCUAGGCAGCCUUACCAAGCCGGUGGUGCUGUGGACCCAGCAGGAUGUGUGCAGGUGGCUCAAGAAGCACUGCCCACACAAUUAUCUCAUCUACGUGGAGGCCUUCUCGCAUCACGCCAUCACAGGUCGGGCGCUGCUGCGGCUGAAUGCGGAGAAGCUGCAGCGCAUGGGGAUUACCCACGAGUCUCAGCGCCAGGAAGUCCUUCAGCAGGUGCUGCAGCUGCAGGUGCGGGAGGAGGUCCACAACCUGCAGCUCCUCAGCCAAGAGACCAGCUGUUGUGCUCUGGCCGAGAACUCUUGUCCUGCCAACCAGCCAGCACCGCCCGGACUGCUGAAACUCGGCCUUGGGGGCUCCGAUCGCGGCGCCAAACUGUUCCCUUGACAAAACCGCAGGCUGUGAGAAGACCGUGGACAGUGACUUUCUCCUGAGAGGCCCUGGAAGACGGACACCUGUGCAGUUUGCAAAUGCCUGGAUACUCACCUUAUAGACUUCUCUCCAAGCUCACCUGUGUGCUUCUCCGGGCUGGGGGCGUGGUAGUGCAGAGCAGAGAGGUGGAGCUGUGGAUAAGAGGGGUCCAGGUUCAGAUCUUGCCUUUGCUGUGAUCUCUUUGGGUGGCCUCGUAGGGUGGAGGCCUCUCUGCUAUAUGGGGUACUGCCACUGGCCUACCUUACAGGGUUGUUCUGAAGGUUGCAAGAUAGCAAGCACCGCACACAUUCUGCAUAAAUGCUAAGUAUUACCACUACCCAAGACCCAGAAAGUAUUCUUUUUUGUGAACGUGAAAGUGGGGCAGAUUCUGGAAGCUUGAAGGCAAAAUGCUUCAACUUCAUCUUUUAAGUAUAGACACACAUACAAUACGUUUGUUUGGGGGGCAAGUUUUACUCAGAACGACGGCAGACACUUUCCAGCAUUCAAGGGGCCCCUCCUUGCUGUGGCAGUGGAGCUUCUGAGGAAGGAUGGCAAACAGAGGCCAUGCGCCCAGGCUGGAAACGUGGAUUUGUGGGGUGGCUGUGGGGCUGGUGUCCAGUCCCAGAAAGACUGGGAGAGGGGGCACAGCACAGUGGCAGCUUGUCUGCUUAGCACGUCGAAGGUCUCAGGUUCUAGCCUGGCAUCUCUAGGAAGAAGAAUUAGGCAGUGCAGCCCACCCCAGCCUGGCACUGCUUGGACUACAGGCUGCCACAGUGGCCAGGCUGGCCGUGGGUACCAGGAGUUGCUGGCCACCGUGUCUGGAGAGAGCUGGCUUGGGGAAAGCCCUGGGAAUAAGUGAUGGGGAGAUCGGAGGACCUCGGAGGCAAGAUGGGGAAAUACCUGCCCCUGUGCUGCUGCUAGUCCACAUUUCUGUAACUCUUUUUAAUUUAAUUUAAUUUUAAAACGAUACGCUGCCUAUUAGGGCCACGGCAUCCCUAGGCGGCUGACAACGGCUGCUUCCUACAUUUGAUGACUUCCCAUGUGUUUUGAUCUAAAAGGUUGUCGCAAUGUCUUUUGUGGGAGAAGUCCUUGGUUCCCCCCAAACACACUUCUCAUAUGGAUGGUUCAUAUUUAUAUCGCAGUUCAGUUGCCUCAUUGCAAGAAUCGCUAAAUAGGGAUGCCAGAGAGAUUUGGAUGUUGACGUUUCUGAUCUGUUGAUUCCAGGGCAGACCAGGCUUUCCAGCCACAUGGAUUCCAUGGACUUGCAGACCAGUUUGUUUAGUUAAUGGGGGAAUAUUUGCACAAGUCCUUAUUCAUGCAAAUUCCACUGCUAAAAAAGGGUACUGGCUCAAAUGUGUAUUUGAAAAGAGAAAAGAAGUUUUUGUGUGUCCCUUAAAAAGGGGGAAAAACACCAAACUCGAUUCCAUCAACACUGGAGCAAAAGACACCUGACAAUCCACGAAACAGAGAUGGAAUGGAUUUUAACAAAAUACACGUGCUUCUUAGAACUAAAGGUGUUGUGCUUAGCCAGCAGAUUCAGUUUCCAGAGCAGUUUGUUAUAUUUCUGCUAGUGUUGUUGCUGAUUGCAAAUUUGCCUUGUGUCUUAUUCUCCGUAGAUUGUUUUAAAUUGUCCAGUCAAGGAAGACAUGAACUGCCAGAGGGAGAUACUUUUGCACAAGGCUGUGGUGGGAUUAAACAUUGACAUGUGCAUCAAAAUGCACAUUUAUUAUUAUUAUUAUUAUAAUUUUUUAUUAUUAUUAUAACAUUUCUAUGCCGCCCCUUGCCGAAGCCUCGGGGCGGCUUACAACACAAUAAAAUA